GUGGGAAUCCGGGUCCGGCCAGGUGUAGGUCUCCUGGGUAUGGAUCGUGUGUGGAGUGCGUGGUGCGGGAAGUGCGUUAAAGAGAAAGGGUCGUCGCCAUUUUGGGCCCAGCGCAUCGUGGUCGCCUGGCUCAGUAGGGCCGAGUGGGAUCAGGUGACGGUGUAUCUGUUUUGUGAUGACCAUAAAUUGCAACGGUACGCCCUGAACCGCAUCACCGUGUGGAGGAGUAGGUUAGGCAACGAACUACCCCUGGCAGUGGCUUCUACUGCUGACCUGGUACGCUGUAAGCUCAUGGAUGUAGCUGGUGGCUUGGGCCCUGAUGAACUUAGACUGCUCUAUGGCAUGGCGUUGGUCAGGUUUGUGAAUCUUAUCUCAGAGAGGAAGACAAAGUUUGUCAAGCUCCCUCUCAAGUUCCUGGCUCAAGAGAUAAACAUUCCGGAUUGGAUUGUUGAACUUCGCCAUGAGUUGACACACAAGAAAAUGCCCCAUAUAAAUGACUGCCGCAGAGGCUGUUACUUUGUUCUGGAUUGGCUUCAGAAGACUUACUGGUGCCGCCAGCUGGAGAACAGCCUGAGAGAAACCUGGGAGCUGGAGGAGGAUAGGGAAGAGACAGAUGAAGAAGACCAAGAGGAAGAUAAAAAUAUUGUAGUUGAUGACAUCACAGAACAGAAACCAGAGCCUAAGGAUAAAGGGAAAGGUGCAGAACUGGAUAUCAGGGUCGAUGGAGACAGUGAAGGCAACAAAGAGGUUGAUUCACAUUUGAAAAAGGCUCUGAGACAUAAAGAGCUAUAUGAAAGAACCCGAGAACUGCUGGUCUCAUAUGAAGAGGAGCAGUUUAAGGUGCUGGAGAAAUUUAGGCAUUUACCUCAGGCUGCUAAAGCAUGGAACAACCUGUCUCCACCUGUAGAAUGCAUCCUGGCAGAGCUCAAAGGCAUUACAUGUGAGAACAGGGAGGCUGUGUUGGAUGCUUUUCUGGAUGAUGGCUUUCUCAUCCCCACAUUUGAACAGUUGGCAGCUUUGCAGAUAGACUAUGAAGAUGGUCAGACUGAGGUCCAGAGAGGGGAAGGUACUGACCCAAAAUUACACAAAAACGUGGACCUGAGUGACAUCCUGGUGCCAAAGCCAUUCUCUCAAUUCUGGCAGCCUCUGCUCAGGGGCCUGCACUCCCAGACCUUCACACAGGCCCUGCUGGAGAGGUUGCUCUCUGAGCUGCCAGCCUUGGGUGACAGCGGGAUCCGGCCCACCUACAUCCUCAGAUGGACCAUUGAACUGAUUGUGGCUAACACCAAGACUGGACGGAAUGCUCGCCGAUUUUCUGCAAGCCAGUGGGAAGCCAGAAGGAGUUGGAGGCUAUUCAACUGCUCUGCCUCCCUUGACUGGCCCCGAGUGGUUGAGUCUUGCUUGGGGUCCCCUUGCUGGGCCAGUUCCCAACUCCUUCAGCUCGUCUUCAAAGCCAUGGGACAGGUCCUGCCAGACGAGGAGCAAGAGAGGCUGCUGCGCAUCUGUUCCAUUUAUACCCAGACUGGCGAGAACAGCCUAGUACAGGAAGGCUCAGAGGCCUCCCCCAUUGGGAAGUCCCCUUACACACUGGACAGCCUGUAUUGGAACCUCAAACCAGCUGGUUCCUUUGGAAUUGAAGGAGAACCCCAGCAGCAGGAGGAGCAGGGCAGACUUAAUGAUCUCAAGAAAGAUGAAAAGGAGGAGAAAGAUCUGGAAGAUCAGGUGGAGGAGGAGGAAGAGGAAAAUGAUGACCAGAAGUGGGAGGAGGAGGAAGAAGAUGAAGAUGAUGAAGAUGAAGAUGAGGAGGAGGAAGAGGUAGAAGAGGAAGACAGAAUGGAGGUGGGACCUUUAUCUACUGGGGAGGAGUCUCCCACUGCUGAGAAUGCCAGGCUCCUGGCCCAGAAAAGAGGAGCUUUGCAGGGCUCUCCAUGGCAAGUUAGCUCUGAAGAUGUACGAUGGGAUACCUUCCCCUUAGGCCUAAUGCCAGGUCAGACUGAGGACCCAGCAGAGCUUAUGCUGGAGAAUUAUGACACCAUGUAUCUUUUGGACCAGCCUGUGCUAGAGCAGCGGCUGGAACCCCCAACAUGCAAGACUGGCACCCUUGGCUUGAGCUGUGGUGUGGGCAGUGACAACUGCAGCAACAGUAGCAACAGCAGCAGCAACUUGGAGGGCCUUCUCUGGAGCCAGCGCCAGCUGCAUGGACUCAAAACUGGCCUGCAGCUCUUCUGAUGCCCACACUGGUGCAGUGUUUCUCCAGCCCUGCUGCAGCAACAGCCUCUUCCCUGCCCCUGUUGUCCCCCUGCUCCUGGCCCCCACCAGUGCACCUGAUGCUCCAUGAAACAACCUGGGAGACAGUCCCAUUCAGCCGUAUCAGCUCCACUUUCUGCCACAAUGGAAUUUUGAAUGUUUUGGGGUUUUUUUAAAGUUUUGUUUUGAAAAACAAUAAACAGGCAACUGUUAA